CAUAGCAGGGCUUGCGCAAUCAAAAGCGCGGCCCGAAGUAAAAGCAUGGCAGAGCCUGGACUGGAUACGCUUCGGUUGGAGGACUCAGACGAUGAUUUUAAAUAUGAGGAAGUUGAUGUUAUGAGUGAUGGGGAGGAUGACGCAAGCGAGGACCUUGAUGCGGCUUUGCGAAAGCUCCAAGCCUUCACAGCUAAGGACACAGCAACGCCACGUGCUCGGCCACAGGAGGUGCAGCCCGGGCAGGUGGUGAAAAAACCGGAGGUCAUCGAUGACUUUCUGCGGAACUUUUUCAUAAAAAUGGGCCUCUCGCGCACGUGCGAGUGCUUCGAAGCGGAGUGGUAUGAACUCAAAGCCACGGGGCGCCUGGACACUGCCACAACAGUACCCGACGUGUACCUGCGUAACGCGGAGUUGGAGGAUGAGGUGGCCAGUCUCCGUAGGGAGCUCGCGGAGGCUAAAUCCAUCGCCGCCCGUGCGAGCGCCACGUGGGACACGUUUCGAAAGGAGAGGGACUUUCACCGAAUGCACCACAAGCGGGUGGCGCAGGAGAAGAACAAGCUGCUGACGGACCUUCGCCGACUGAAGGAACACUACGCGAAAUAUGAGCCCACGAUUUUGGAGCUGAAGAAAAAGUACGAGGUGCUGAUGAAGGAGAAGAUGAUGGCGUGUCUGGAGAGGGACAAACUGGUGACCAAGGUGGAGGCGCUGGAGGCGGCAAACGCCAACGCCAGCGCCGUCGCAGCCAUCAUGGGUGAGCGCAGCGUCGGAGGCGCCAGCUCCACAAGUGCAACUCGUACAACAGCAGCAGCAGCCGCCAACGGCGGCGGCGCCGAAGGCGCCGGCGGCGGCGGCGGAGCCGCCGCCGCCGCUACGGGCCGCUCCGGCGGCACGGCAUCCGCGGGCCCGCGCAGCGGCUGGGCGUCACUCAACGCGCCGCCUCGCCGCAACCCGUAUCUGGAUUUGGAGUUCCCAGCUGCUCCCGUCAAGAUGUUGUCGCUGAACAGGACGUUCAAGGGGCACCUGCUGUCGGUGGCCAAUCUGGCGCUGCACCCCACGAAGCCCAUCCUGGUUACGGCCUCAGAUGACAAGACGUGGAAGAUGUGGCACAUGCCAGGUGGCGACCUGAUUAUGUGUGGUGAGGGUCACAAGGACUGGGUGGCGGGUGUGGACUUCCACCCAGCGGGUGUUUGCCUGGCGUCCGGCAGUGGCGACUCCACCGUGAAGAUUUGGGACUUUGAGAAACAGCGAUGCACCACCACAUUCACCGACCACAAACAGGUCCGGCUCUGGGACCUUCCGGCGUCUAAAUGCCGCAUGGCCCUUCGCGGGCACGUUGACUCGGUCAACGAGGUGGCCUGGCUGCCCUUCACGUCCUCCCUCGCCACCGCCUCCUCCGACAAAACCGUAUCCAUUUGGGACGCACGCGCUGGGCUUUGCACACAGACGUACUACGGCCACCAGAACAGUUGUAACGCGAUUACAUUUAACGUACUGGGUACGACGCUUGCCUCCACGGAUGCUGACGGAGUGGUGAAGCUGUGGGAUACGAGAAUGACGGCGGAGAUCCGUACAAUCAACACGGGUAAACACCCCGCUAACAAGGCCGCGUUCGACCGGUCGGGCCACAUCUUGGCGGUGGCUUGCGACGAUGGGAAGAUCCGGGCAUACAGCACAUCAGACGGCGUGUUGCAGGCGGAGCUGACCGGUCACGAGGACGCCGUCCAAGCCGUUAUCUUCGACCCUGCCGGCCAAUACCUCAUGUCUUGCGGCUCCGACAACACCUUCCGAGUCUGGUCUUGAGCAAUAUUGCAGCGCCUGAUUUCUGUGUACACUGUACAGCAUUCAGUGCCGUACACUGCACGUGGCGGUCGCGUUCCGGAGCGAAUGGGGGCUUGGAUCUGCUAAUCAGUAGCCAGUCAAUUUGACAUAACGCCGCAUCACCUUGUGCUGCAGCAGCAUCUUGUGUUUCUGUCGUGUCGUGUCGUGUCGUGCCGGGGAGGGGUGGACGGUUUGCGACAUGUGUACGGAUCAUUGUAUGUGCGGGAGAUGAAAGGGGGAUGAAAGGGGGAGCUUAUCAUUGCACCGAUUUCGGUGCAAGGAUGGAGGAGGGAAGGGCAGUGCAGUGCACAGUUGGAGGUGCGCGACUGGGAAGCAGCCAGCGUAUUGGGGAGAUGGCGGGUGGCCGCACGUGCGAAGGCGCGCUUGUGCCACUUGGCAGGCAUGCGCUGUGAAAUACGGACGGUACGGCGGAGAGCCGGAAGAACGGAAAUCUUGGUGUGUGAAGUGCCAAGGUGAUGUGGGCUUAAUUCACCGCUUUGGCCGCAGAGCUGCAGUGCCGUUGCCUUUCUCGACCUUCAGCCUUUCCACGCGCUGCUGUCGGGGGGUUACUGGCGCUUUUUAAGACGGCAUGCGUCGGUUUGCAUGCGCGCUGGCGUGGUAUCUGGCAUUGUGCGUGUGUGAGAGAUGAUGACUAUAUAAUUGUCCUUAAACCUGGCUUUGACUUUGAGCGUUAGUCGUUGCAUAUCGGGUUCAGAGAUACACCGCAGCAGGAAGAGGGGAAAAACGGUAGAAGAGAGGGAAAAGACACUGGGAAGACGUAGGGGAGACAAAGGGAAGGAAAGGGAAGACUUUCCCGACGCAGCCGUGUGUCCUCUGCCUGUCCGUGUAUCUGCUUACUUGUCCGUCUUCCUGCGAAGGCAAGAACCGCCUCAAUCUUGGGCGACGUCUCCUGUAUAUCUGUGACGAUGGCGCGGCAACGAUGACUUGAACCUCACAAUGUGCCGGUUAGUAGGGACAGGGAAGCACACGCUGGAGGUUGUGAAUAUCUCCGCUGCUGUAAGAAGCAACGAC